GCUUGGUCUGUUACACAACUGUGUCUUUCUUCAUUCUGCCCACUGCUCCUCGCCGGCAUUUUAUUUUAACAGGCUUUUAACUGUGUUAUUUUAAAAACAAGACCCAUAGAAAUGAGUGGGGACCAUUCCCACAACGAUUCCCAGAUCGACUCGGGAUCCAGACAUAAUGAUUCUCACAAACACAAAGAUAAAUACAAGGACAAAGAACACAAACACAAGGACCACAAGAAAGACAAAGAACGUGAGAAAUCAAAGUACAGCAACAGCGAACACAGGGACCCCUCCGAAAAAAAGCACAGAGAUAAAGAUAAAGAGAGGCAGAAGCUCAAAGAUGGAUCUUCAGACAAGCAGAAGGACAAACACAAAGAGAAGAGAAAGGAGGAAAGGUCUUCUGAUGACAGACCUAAAAAAGAGAAACAGAAUGGAUUCGCAAGCCCUCACAUUAAGUCUGAACCUGACAGCGAUGACUUCUAUCACUCUCCUAAACUGGAGAAGUCUCUGAAGAGAGAGCGUGAUGAUGACGAUGGUGAUUACAAACCCAAAAAAAUUAAAACCGAGGAUGACAGAAGUGAAAAGAAAGCAAAGAAACGGAAACAGGAGGUAGAGGACAUAAAGCCCAAAAAGAAAACAAAAGACAAGAAAGGAGAAGUUGCCACAGAUGGCAAGAAAAAGGCAAAAAAGGAGCCAGAAGAGAAGUGGAAAUGGUGGGAGGAAGAAAGGUACACAGAUGGAGUGAAAUGGAAGUUUCUGGAACACAAAGGACCUGUCUUUGCACCACCGUAUGAGCCUAUGCCCAGCAAUGUCAAGUUUUAUUAUGACGGGAAGCAUAUGAAACUCAGCCCAAAUGCAGAGGAGGUGGCCACCUUCUUCUCAAAAAUGUUGGACCACGAGUACACCACUAAGGACAUCUUUCGUAAAAACUUCUUUAAAGAUUGGAGGAAGGAAAUGACGUCUGAAGAGAAAUCCAAAAUCACUGAUCUGAAUAAGUGUGACUUCUCUAAUAUGAGUGAAUAUUUCAAAGCUCAAUCUGAAGCCAGGAAGGCCAUGACUAAAGAAGAAAAACUGAAAAUCAAAGAAGAGAACGAACGCAUUCUGCAGGAGUAUGGCUUCUGUGUCAUGGACAAUCACAAAGAGCGCAUUGCCAACUUUCGUAUUGAGCCUCCAGGCUUGUUCCGUGGAAGAGGUGACCAUCCCAAAAUGGGCAUGCUGAAGCGUCGUAUCCGACCCGAAGACAUUAUAGUUAACUGCAGCAAGGACUCAAAACAUCCUACACCACCUCCCGGGACAAAGUGGAAGGAGGUACGUCAUGACAACAAGGUGACAUGGCUGGUGUCCUGGACCGAAAACAUCCAAGGCUCCAUCAAAUACAUCAUGCUGAACCCCAGUUCGAGGAUCAAGGGAGAGAAGGAUUGGCAGAAAUAUGAAACAGCCCGUCGGUUGAAGAAAUGUGUGGAUCGGAUCCGUACUCAAUACCGCGAUGACUGGAAAUCAAAAGAAAUGAAGAUCAGACAGCGUGCUGUUGCUCUUUACUUCAUUGACAAGCUGGCUUUGAGAGCAGGUAAUGAAAAGGAGGAAGGGGAGACUGCUGACACAGUGGGCUGCUGCUCACUUCGAGUGGAGCAUCUCAGUCUGCAUCCAGAGAUGGACGGCCAGGAGUAUGUGGUGGAGUUUGACUUUCUUGGUAAAGACUCCAUUAGAUACUACAACAAGGUCCCUGUAGAGAAGAGGGUUUUCAAAAAUCUCCAGCUUUUCGUGGAGGACAAGGAGCCGGAGGAUGACCUCUUUGACCGUCUCAAUACAUCCAUUUUGAACAAGCAUCUUCAGGAGUUGAUGGACGGCCUUACGGCUAAAGUGUUCCGUACUUACAACGCCUCCAUCACACUACAGCAGCAGCUGAACGAACUCACUAACUCUGAAGAUAAUGUUCCUGCGAAGAUCCUCUCCUACAAUCGGGCCAACCGAGCAGUAGCCAUCCUGUGUAACCACCAGAGGGCACCACCCAAGACCUUUGAGAAGUCCAUGCAGAAUCUUCAGACCAAGAUUGACGCAAAGAAGGAGCAGCUUGUUGAAGCUAAAAGAGAGCUGAAAGGUGCCAAGGCUGAUGCCAAAGUACGCAAAGAUGAGAGAUUCAAGAAAGCUGUGGAGGCCAAGAAGAAAGCGCUUCAGAGGGUGGAGGAGCAGCUGAUGAAGCUGGAGGUUCAGGCCACUGACCGUGAGGAGAACAAGCAGAUCGCUUUGGGGACCUCAAAGCUCAACUACCUGGACCCACGCAUCUCUGUAGCCUGGUGUAAGAAGUUCGGCAUCCCGAUAGAGAAGAUCUACAACAAAACUCAGCGUGAGAAAUUUGCCUGGGCGAUUGACAUGGCUGAAAAAGACUAUGAAUUUUAAAUCUUGUUUGAGAUUUUACUUCUCCCUCCACCCACAUCCUUUUUAUGUUCUUUUAAUAGAUACUUUUAGUCAGUGAUUUCCAGCAGGUUGAGAACCUGACAAGGGAAAAGAUGUGAAGCGAGCGUAGUGUCCAGAGGAGACCUGAAUGUCAUGAUUUCAGUGACGGGCUUUUGUGUUUCUCUCUUCAUUGAUCGAUUGUGUUUUUAUUAUUUUAGGCUUUGACCUGUGAUCUUGUAGGUUUUAUCGGGUCGUUCUUUUGAGAAUGAAGUACACAAGGUUGCAUGGUCUUUAAGCCAGAAACUGGAGAAUCAGCAGCUCAACCUUUACUGUUUGUCUGCCUGUCCCCCCCCCUCGGGGCUCUGGACAAACGGACCCCUGGGAUGUCAGGGGGGGACAAAACAUUGAACUUGCGUGGUCCUCUAGCUACUGUAUUCAACUACGACUCGCUUUGUGGAUCCUUUCAGUUUUAGUUUUGCUGUAUUUGUAGCCCUCCUGUAUUAAAAUAAAUUCUAUAUUUUAAUAGAAAAAUCAAAGAAUCGCUUAAGUACACCCACACGCCUUGUUAGGAGAAGAAACGUGUACACCAGGUGUGAUUAUUUUCUGGGAAAUAUGACCAUGAAGAGCUGUGUGUUUGAGUGAGUCUUACGUGAACUGUUCGCUUUGAAACUGGAGUUUGGAAACUCUUGUAAAAACAAUAUCCAGACCACAAAGUAGGAUGCUUGGAUGAGCUGCAGGGGAUUACAGCUUCAAUUAUAUUUCCUUAAACAUGCAGAAUGUGAAUUUCUUUUCUCUUUUUGUUUUUUUACAGCUUGUAUAUCAGGGUCUUGUUUCCAGUGUAAAUGUGAACCAGUUAUUUCCCCCCACACUUUUGUCUCCAGUAUCCUACAGCUUUGAGUCUCCAUCUGGGUUUAACUUAAUGUGUAAUGACUGUUUCCAUAAGAUAAAAAAAAAAAAAAACAUAAAAAGAUGAAAAAAAGCGAAGCUCCUGUAUCUGUUACUUGAAGAUUUCACUAUUAGGAUGUAUUAUUUCAGGGUUUGGCGAAAGGGGUUUGUUUCAGAUGGGUUAUGUGAGGGAAAUCAACUUUGCCAAAAACAGUCUGUUAUGAUUGAAGCUGUUUUAUUUUGUAAUUGUGUCAAGAUUUUAAGAAUAGACUUAUUUUAACAUGGACUUUUAACACUUUUCAUCUUGUUUUUUCUUUCCCCUCACUCCAGUAUGAAAUAAAAUGUUGUUAGUGGCAGCCAUGUAACCUUUUCCACCUUCUCGAGCUCAUGCCAUAACCUCUGAUCAUGUUUUGUUUCUUUUUAAUUUUCUUUUUCCUCAACUGUAGGUUAUUUAAAAAAUAAAAUCCUACAACAUAA